AUGCCUAUGACAAUAGUCCGCAACUCGCGCACCCCCGGGGUUUCGACCGAAAAGCGCGGAGCAACAUUCACAGGCGAUGUGUGGGCGGACCCCAUCCUGACGGCCGAAGGCAUCACCAUCGGGCACGUCACAUUCACGCCGUGCGCCCGCACACACUGGCACCACCACGAAAACGGGCAGGUGCUGGAGGUCAAAGUCGGGUCCGGAUGGAUAUGUGAUAAAGGCGGGGAGCCCCAGCGUUUGGAGGUAGGAGAUAUUGUUUGGGCACCACCAGGCACGACUCACUGGCAUGGCGCCGACGACGGCAGUAUGAUGACGCAUUUGGCUAUCAGUCAUGGGAAGACUACAUGGUUGGAUCCGGUUACGGAUGAGCAGUAUCAGCAGAAAGGCAAAGCGGGAGAGUCUAAAAAGAUCUGA